AUGAGCACACGCGUCACCAGAGCCGAAGCACGCAGGAGGAUGGCGGCCCUCCAGGAACCUCGCCCGGGGCAAGGAUGGUCGGAGACCCGGCCUACCCGAGCUCCGCGGCGGGCCCUGGAGCGGACCCGAGACGAGGACUCCGCACCGGAACCCGCGGUGAGCUCCGACAGCGACGUCGAGGUGAUCGGCGAUCCCGCCGUCGAGGAGAGAGAGUGGCGACUCCGGAAGGCGGCGGCGGGCGGUCGGAUACCGCGCGGGACGACGGACGUCGGAGGAGAGGAACUCCCGAGGAGCCACUCGGAGGCGGUCUGUCGGGCCACCGAGGAGUCUCAGAAGCGGUUCCGAGACCGGGAGCCGUCGGACGAGGAGCAGCAACGGUCGACGGAGGAGGAGGCGAGAUGGCAGGCGCGGCUCCGGCAGGACCACGAGGCGGCGGCGGCGCGGUGGCAUGCCCGCUUGCGAGAGGCGGAGGAAGAAGAGCGACGGCUGUGGGAGGCACCGGUGGAGGACGCGUGGGAGGUGCCACUCACCCCCAGAUACGCGGCCGAGGAACCCAGUCCGAGGGACGAGGACGAGGACGAACCACGCGCGCCAUCCCCUCCGCGGUGGUUACCCGAGGUGCCACCCACUCCCCGCUACGAGGGGGAGUGGCUCACGGACGGCGCUCGAGACGGCGACGAUGGAGCACCGUUGGCCACGCCGCCGUGGAGGCCGGCCCGGCCACCCACGCCGCGAUACACGGAGCCACGACGACCGGAGGAGCAGACGCCGAGCGAGGAGUCGACCGCGCAGCCGAUGCCGCAAACGCAGGAGGAGGACGUCCACCAGGCAAGGGCGGAGGAGCCGUCGGUGGUGCAGGUGGUGCAGCAGACGGUGACAUGGACGUGGCCCGAGGGGCCCGCCACAGGACCGACGAAGGAGGUGCCCAGGCUAUGGGAGGAGGGGGCACCCAAGUUGAACCCUCGGGACCCCCGGACGAGGAGCCGACAGGAUGCGUGGGUCCCGCCGACACCAAGCACGGGCCCGCCAACACCGGCGACGACGGCAGCGACGGGGGAGGCGGAGUCGCUGGAGAAGGGACCGUGGGUGUGGCCCGAGCCACCGGCCAUCCAAAGACCGACGUUGCAGCGUCAAGUCUCGAACCCCGGAUCGACGCGCCCACGGCCGCAGUUCAUGCGGCAAGUUUCGGCCCCGGAGGAAGGCGGUUGGCGCGAGGUCGCCAGGAGCGAGUGGCCGGUGGGUAUUGAGGAAGCACUCGCGGUCGCGACGGCACGGCGGAAGGGCGGCAGGCGGUGCGUCCUGGUCUGCGAAGGCGGGAGGAGGUACCGGGUGAGGCUCGGAGUCGCGGGCAUCCGGGUUUUCGCACAAUAA